GCGACGGCGAACGCGACGCGGCAGUUGCCACAGCACCAAGCCAAAGGUGAAGCAGCGAGUGCGUGCGACGACCACAACACGUAAAUAACCGUUAAGAGCCGUUAGAACAAGAAAGUAACGGUCCGAACUAGACGCCUAUGCAAAUAAUUCGCGUGCGUAUGUGGCUGUCACGCUGAGCUUGUGUGUGCGCGGGUGUUUGUUUGUGUGUGUUCGUUCGUGUUCGUUAUUUUUGUUCUUGUGCUCAAAUUGCCGCAAUAAAAGUGCAAAAUUAUGUGGCACAUGUGAGUGGUGUGGACACGUUGAACGGACUCCAGAGAAGCAGCAGCAGCAGAAGAAGUAGCACAAGCAGCAGCAACAAACCCAAGCAGCAACAAUAGCAGGAGCCAACGACCACGUAACGACAGCCGAAACCGCAACAGCAGCCGUAGCAGUAGCCACACGAGGGCGUGGCAAGAAGAAGACGAAAGGGAAUUGGAGGCGCGCCUCCAAAUGCUCAUUGAAAUUUACGAUUAUGCUGCGAAAUUAUUAAACAAUAUGACCGCAACAACAACAAGCAUCAUUAAUAAUCUAGCCAGCGGGGCGGAAGGGACAGCUGGAGUGGAGGGAGCGGAGCGAACGGAGAGUCCAAAUCCCACGACGGCCACAAAUCUAACGUCCAAACUGCUGCAGGCGACAACGGGCAACAUGAAGACGCUGCUGAAUCGCACGCUGGCCACAAUGGGCGGCCAGCGUGGCACAUUGACCACCCUGCUGCUCCAGGGCGGCCUCGGCACGGACGUGGCCACCGGGCAGCGAAUCCGGCAGCUGGCCCAUGCCAAUGGCAGCGUGCAUGCCACGGGCAACGACAGCGACAGCCAUGGCCAGGAUAUGUACAAUGCAUUUAAUGUCACAUCGCCGUCGCCGUCGUUGUCGUCGUCCUCAGCGCACUCAGUCGGCUUCAUCGAAUCCUCGACCACGGCCGCCAGCACAGUGCUGAGCAGCGCCAUCACCAAUCUGCCAACGACGAGUGGCCCGGCCACCACGUUCCCAACCCAGACGAUGGCUACCAUCAUCGCGGCCGGCAACAAGAAUCGAGCCACCACCAUUAUCCUCUAUCCAACGGUUUCACCCGAAUCGAUUGUCAUCCCCAUCGUUUCGUGCAUCUUUGGCUUCCCGAUAUUGGCGCUAAUCGUCAUCUGCUGCCUGAGACGUCGAGCCAAGCUGGCCCGGGAGCGGGACAGACGGCGCAACUAUGAUAUGCAGGACCAUGCUGUCAGCCUGGUCAGAUUUAGUCCAAUUCAUAGGCUUAAUUACCGAUCGUCGAGAGCUAUCAGUUUACGUCCUGAACGAAGCCUAAGCCAGGGCUUCACCUCGGUGGAGCUGGACACAGUGCUGGAGGAGCGCUGCAGCGACGUGGAGCAGACACAAACCGAAAUCAUAAAUCCCGAAUCGCCCAUGGACACCACCUCCUACAAGAUGUCCUUCUCUUCGAGCUAACAGUUAGCAGUAGCACAACAGCAGCCGCAGCAGCAGCAGCAGUCGACAUCGCCGACUGCGCAGCCGCAGACAGCAGCCAUGGCUAUGCAGCUGCUGCCGCCACGUUCGAUGUCAUCGACGUUGACGCCGCCGCUGCGCAAAGCGGGCAGCGUGCGCGAAUCUGGCGAGACCGCGGCGCUGGCCAAACGACGCAGUCGCCUGCAGGAGCUACGCGCGGCAAGCAGCAGCCAGGCCAGCGAAGCGGCCAUCGCGUUUGGUGUCGGCAAGCGCGAUUCGAAGCGACGCCAUGGCGCUAGCGCCGGCGCCGACACCAGCAGCGGCAGCAGCAAAAGCUCAGCAGCGGCCGCCAUGCGCAAAUCACAGUCGCUGGACGCCGCCGAAAGCUAUUCGCUGGCCAGCAUUCAGUCGCCCCUCUGGGUGACGCUCACCAAUGCGCGCACAAUUGAGGAACUGGCUCAGCAGAAACUGUAAAUAUUUUACAGACAACAAACGGGAAACGAAACGAACAAGCAACGGAAAGAAGGAAGGAAGAUCAAAAAUACCCCACCAACCAACCAGGCUUGUUGUUGUUGCAGCUGUUAAAUGUUAAUGAGGAGUUACCCGCUCCAAAUCCGCAUUAUGAAAUGAAAUCCAACGGUUUUUCCUAUAUAGUCCAAAUAGCUGAAUCCACCUUGUAAAUGUAUAAGCAAAUGUAACUUCAUAACGAGUAUUCAACAAUUUACAACAUUAGCAAUUGCAUAUAGUUAAGCUAAUGACCAAAAUUAGUUCAAAAUAAAAAGGAAAAUGUAAAGCAAAGAAAGUGUUUUCUUUUUUGUGCAGCUGCAACUCACUGUUAAACUCAUAAUGGUAAUGUAAAGCUUACAGCAAGCUCAACUCCUGCCAUUCUUAACAGUAUUUUACUGCUUGCUGAGCCCAAGGUACAGCGACUGUUAAUCGAUUAAUUCAAAUAAAAAGAAAAAAUCUUUGUUUUGAUUUUUCUUAGUUUUUAUUUAAAUUAUGUUGUAUAUGUAAUAAGAGCUUAAAAUACAAAUUUAAUUUCAUUAUCAAAAUACAUUGUUAUACAAUUUCCUUA